CACACACACACACACACACGCACAUGCGCGCGCACACGCACAGCCAUGGUUGUUGUGAACUUUCGCAACAGCAGAGAGAGAGAGCUGCGGAAUGUCUGUGCGCGUUUUUUCUCUCUCACCUCUUGUAAGCUGAGAAAGGAGGGUGAGGAGGCGCGAGGGAAACCCAUGACUUCCGUGUUUUUCCUCUGUUUCUGAUACCAAGACCAGGGUCCUUUGGACUAUAAAAGCUAUCAUAUUUCUCACUGCAGACAUUCGCGACUUUCACCUCAAGACUCGGACUACGCUUUGGCGCAACAAGAGGACUUUCUUUUGGAGGAAAACUAUCCACCACCCGGAGUUGUACAAUUUUCUCAGGUGUCACCUUUAAGCGUUUUAUUCGCCUUUUAUAAAAACUGGACGCUUUUCAUACAUCAACUACCUUUUAAUGGGACACCAGGAUACAGACAUGGACGUUGAGUCUCUCAAGAAGACUGGCUGCCGGCGUGGACGCUGCUUGGACACUUGUCUCGUAGUUUCCAUCGUGUUCCUGUUCGUGGCUGUGAUAGCUGUGGCUGCCGGCGGAGUGAUAUGUGUGAUGGAGCUGCAGUCCAAGUUGGGCUCAGCGCGUCCUCCUGUCCACUUUGAACCUAAGAAGCUGAUAGGAGGCACAUCUCCCCCAACAUACAAGAUGCAGAACUUUGCCUAUCUAAAAGCCACAUCAAAUAAGCUGCAGUCCUGCACCAUGCCUUUGAAUCUAGUCGUGUACGGUGAGGGGACGUCUGUUGGAAGUAACUUUGUGUUCGACGAAAACCUAAAUUCGCUGAAGCCCCUAAAGGAUGGGACCUACUUCAUAUACAUGGAACUCAACUUCACCUGCACCUCUACCUGCAGCGCGGGUGUCCUCAGUGUGAGUGUGGGGGAUAAGCUUACCUGUGAGGUGGAGCUCCCAGAUAGACCUAGGCCAGGUGCAACACCUGUGAGCAGGAGGUGCUGGACAGUGACACAGAAAAACACACAGGGGCUGCACGCUCAGAUGACGGUACCAAAGACCGGAUUGAGGAACUGGCAGCUGGAGCUGAAAGGCUCAGGACUCGGGAUGUUCCUUGUGGACUGAUGAGGACACUGUUGUGCAUCCUUUGUCCUCAGGACCUGCUUUUAAAGUGUGGGUCGUCCAUAAGGGAAACAACCAGUUUGUGGCUGCGUGAAGCUAGGUAGGCAUGAAUCUGCCGGUGCUUGUGCUGUUCUCAAAGCUAAUACGAAGUUUAUUGCAAACCAAGUACACAGAGACAAAGACAAGUUGCAUUUGUGAUAAUGCAAGUGGCAUAUGAAAAGACUGCACUCACACAGUUCUGUAGAAAUAUGUGUAUAUGAUUCUGUGUAUGAUAUAUUUAUUGGUGAAUAUGAAACUAUUUAUGGUCCCAUAUUUAUGAUAAUGACCCUUUUUAAAGACAUUUGUUUGGAUGUAGAUAUCACUACAUUAGUGUUGAUGUGCAAUAUACUGCAUUUUACUCAGCCUACAUGGGAUUCAAUGUGUCUCUUCUGCUUUGAUGUCAUUUUAUAAAUGACUGGGACAUAAAAUUAAGGCUUACAAAAAUUGUGUGAUUAUAAUUAUGUGCCAAAAUUCAGAAAGGCUCUGCAUAUUUAUAUUCCAUCUUUAUUUUUGUAAAGAUGUCAGUGACGGGUAUCACUUCAGAAAUACUACAGAAUCAGAUCAAACAUCUCAAGAAUGACUAAAAGAACUUUAGUUUGUAAGUCCUAUGGACAAACUCCUCGAAGUUGAAUGUAUUUAACUGUAGUCCACAUUAAAGAUGGAUCUGAUGAACGAUGGGAUCAUGUUGAUUUGAAA